AAGGAGUUAGCAAAUCUGCUUGGCAUUCUGUUGCCAAUAAAGACCAAUCCAUUAUUAGCAAAAGUUUAGUUGAGGAUCUUCUUGAUAAACAGAGGAAUUCUUAUGCUGUAAGAACCUUUUCACCAGAAGUUGAAAGUGCCAUGCGUGAUCUUGGCUUUUUGGAGGAAGCUAACUUUACACGCACUGUCAGGGAUUGGUACGAGGCACAAGACGAAAGAGGAAUGCCAGCAAUGGAGAGAAUUGAAAAACAAAUUCAGAUGAGGACACUUCUUUUAAAGAAUGUGAAGUUCGACACAUUUCCCCCGCCUUCAGGAUACAUCAAAGGAUUCCCCAUUCAGAUGUUCGAGGGGUUUCUUUUGUCAAUUGAUAGCCACCUUCAGCUAUAUAAACUGGUAAGAGGCGGAACUAACAAUCAACGAGCUUUCAGCUCUUUAGAAAAUGAAUCCUUCUUUGGAACGCUUUCGGAAGUUGACAGUAAUAGACUUGGAUGCCCAAAAGCUGUGAAUCUAGAGCGUGUUAUGAGUCAAGUAACAGAAGUGUUACACUACAGACAAAAUCCAGACUUAAGG